CUAGCCAGUUGCAUUCACCAUCUUUAACAUAUAAAAAACAUUUCCAGAGAGCCACCAAAACUAAAGAAUGAAGAAAGCAGAAGUGAUGUUUAUCCCUUCUCCUGGUCUAGGCCAUUUAGUUUCUACCCUCGAAUUCGCCAAGCUUCUUAUCAACCGUGAUAACCGUCUCCGAAUAACAGUAUUAGUCAUGAAAUUCCCAAACACCACAGAAACCGAUAUCUACACUAAAUCUCUUCCAAUCACUGAUUCUCUCCAACUCAUCAACCUUCCAGAAUGUUCUAUUCCACCAUCCUCUGAUCUACCUUCCUCCAUAACAGCUCUCCUCGAAUCUCAAAAAUCGAACGUCAGACAAGUCGUUACAAACCUCACAACCGGAGAACAAAACGGAAACCUUGCUGCCUUCGUCGUUGACAUGUUCUGCACUACAAUGAUUGACAUUGCCAGAGAAUUCUCCGUUCCUGCUUUCGUUUUCUUCACUUCUGGUGUUGCUUUCCUUGGUUUGACGUUACAUCGUCACACUCUUCGCGAACGAGACAACAUCAAUUCGACUCAGUUGCAACAAAUGAACGAGUUAACAAUCCCAACUUUCUCCAACUCGGUUCCGUUGAAAUCGGUGCCCAGUAUUGAGGUACUCAAGGAGUUGGAAUGGUUUUCCAUAAGCUUUGCGAAAGGCCUUAAGAAAGCGAAUGGCAUUAUAGUAAAUUCUUUUGAAGAGCUAGAGCCCUACGCGGUUCGCUCAUUUUUAAAUGAUAUUGAUUUGGCUGCUAUACCCAUAUAUCCAGUAGGGCCUAUAUUAAACCCUGAUUCCAAAACCAAGGCCACUGCAGAUUUUGAUGAUGUCAUCAAGUGGCUUGAUGCUCAACCUCCUUCUUCAGUAGUUUUUAUCUGCUUCGGGAGCAGAGGUUCUUUCGAAAAGAAUCAGGUUAUGGAAAUUGCGCGUGCUAUUGAGAAUACUGGCGUCCGCUUUUUGUGGUCUCUACGUAAACCUCCACCGAAGGGUUUUACGAUUGCGCCCAUCGAUUACCAUCUUUCUGAUUUGACUUCUAUUUUACCUGAGGGAUUUUUAGAUCGGACAGCUAAAUUUGGAAGGGUAAUUGGAUGGGCUCCACAAGCCCAAAUACUAGCCAACCCAGCCACGGGAGGUUUCGUUUCACAUUGUGGAUGGAAUUCCACACUAGAGAGCAUAUAUUUUGGUGUUCCUAUUGCCGCGUGGCCAUUGUUUGCUGAACAACAAACAAAUGCUUUUGUAUUGGUGUCUGAGUUGAAGAUAGCUGUGGAGAUUGCAUUGGAUUAUAGGGUGGAGUUUAAUGGAGAACCUAACUAUCUUGUAAUGGCUGAUAAGAUUGAGAGAGGAAUCAAGAGGGUUUUAGAUAAAGAUGGUGAGGAAAGGAAAAACCUCAAAGAGAUUAGUGAAAAGAGUAGAAAGACUUUGUUAGAAGAUGGAGGCCUCCCACAUUUGUUUAGGCCGUUUGAUUGAUUUGAUUAUAUUACGAAUCAAGUAGGGAUGGCAAACAAAUUGUACUCGCAAAUAUCUCAACGGAGAUGCGCUGAGUAGCUUAAGAGGUACUCGUGCAUGAAUUAAAUGAAUAUUUUUCUACUACUUUAGUUAAUGAAUUAAAUGUAAUGAUAUUCGUAUCUACGGAUAUUCAUACUCGUUUAUGUAUUAGUACUUUUUAUGAAGUAAUUUUAUGCACUACGCCAAAAAUGACA